AUGAAUAUUCGUUAUGAAGAGUUUACUUUGGUUUCUGAAGCUUCCAGUCACAUUUUUGGUUUUCAAAUUUUCUAUUUAUCAUUCUGCGAACCCCAACGUCAUUCGUCACUAAUUGUUUCAAAACUUCCAUCAAUCGAAAAUAUCAUGAACAAUCUUCCUUUGAACUUGGAAGCAAUGAACAAUGCUCCAAUUGGAGAUCAAGUACAAAUGAACAACUUCUUGAUGCAAGCGGCACAGAACACUCUGACCGGUGUUUAUCAACUUGGAAUCCAGAAUGGUGUGAUGGCAGGGAUAAUGCCAUUAAAUGGGAACCCAAAUGGGGGAACCUUGAAUGCAGUUGUGAAUGCAAACAAACAGCAACUCAUUGCAGGAUACGAAAAUCAGAGCCAACAACAUGAAAAGUUUCGUCAAGAAAUGAUGGAACAUCAAACUCGCAUGACAAACUUGGCAAUGGAAAUCUGCACUUUUCUUGUUCACGAGCAGGAAGAAAAUCGCGCGGUUAUCAAAGAGAUAACUGAUUCCAUGAUUAGUCGGUUUCCUGGUCCAUGUGUUCCUGUUCUAUGCGAUUGUGAUGACGAAUCUGAAGACAAAGAAGAACCAACUCCGAUGAGUACGCGUCGCAGAUCACCAAGGCAAAGAGAGCAAGCCACUCCGUAUGCUAGUGGGAGAAAAUCAACUCGCAAUGUUUUUUCCAGUGUAAACGAAAUCGAUUAUCUCCCUGAUGACAAAACGCCCUCCAUUCAAGCAUCGGUCGACAGUUCUAUUGUUUUUCUAUCCAAGUCAAUGGCUAUACUAGUACCCCCUCUCACUGAUCCAUUCAAUCGAAUUAUCAUAAAUGUCGGAGGACUGGGGAACUUCGCUGAGAGAUACUUGUUUCAUCCUGAUCUAUCGAUCGCGAAACUUUUGAUCCGAACUGCUAACGAUUUGGGAAGGCCACGUGAACACCUAUGCUUCACGUUUAAUGGGAUUGUGAUAGAAGGAACGGAGACUCCAAAUGAUCUGGGAAUCAAAUACGACGAUGAGAUCAAAGUUAUCUUAAUCUACAAGAGACCUGUUGCCACCAAAUGA